CGUCCAGGCCAACUAGGUCCUCGAGGUCUAGAGCUAGAUCGAGUCCGGCGGCUUCAGCACCUUCAUCGGCGUCUACGACGGCCACGGCGGCCCCGAUUGCUCCCGCUAUGUCUGUGAUAACUUGUUCCACAAUCUCCAAGAACUGCUGUACAAGAUGGUUUGUGAACCUGAUGAAACUGAUUUGAGCAUGCACAUACCUGCUGUCAUGCUUCCACUAGAUGCAGGUACAAGGCUGGAAAAAAUGCUGACAACUACUUCAUCUGUGUCUGUGCAACUACACUCGCCACUUCGACCAGCUGUUGACGUAGCAGAAGUAUUUCUUUGGAUGAUGGCAGUUCUUACCAUAUUGUGUGCAUCAUAUUGGUCAGCUUGGACGACCCGAGAAGCAGCUAUUGAACAGGAUAAGUUGCUAAAGGAUGCUUCAGAUGAACUCCCAAACACUAAAUAUGCUAGUGUUAGUGGAGUUGUAAAUAUGAAUGUGAAAGCUGCAGUCCUUUUUGUUGUAUUUGCUUCGUGUUUCCUGUUUAUGCUUUACAAACUGAUGUCGUCGUGGUUCAUUGAUGUUUUGGUUGUUCUCUUCUGUAUUGGUGGUAUUGAGGGCUUGCAAACAUGCUUGGUUGCUCUUUUGUCCAGGUGGCUCAAGCAUGCUGGAGAGUCAUACAUCAAAGUACCUUUCUUAGGAGCUAUCUCAUUGGAGUAUAUGCCAUUCUUGCUUUCUUUUUUCUUCUUUUUAAACGGUGGCGUUUGGUUGUUGUAUGUUGUUCUUGUUCGUGAUGUUAUCCUCGGGGGAAUAGCACUGAUAAUCAUAGUUCUACAGAUUGUACAUGUACCAAAUCUCAAGUUGUUUCAGCUGCUUCUAAAGUGGCAAUCAGCGUGCCUAUGCCUGACAUUACUAAAAAGGAGACAAGUUUCUUAGAGGCUAAAGCAUUCAAGCAUGUUAAGGUUGAAGAUUGAACCACACGGAUGAAUACAAUACAUUGAAGGUCCAACUUUCUGACACCACCCUGGGAACUAGAAGUCCCAUCAGGUACCAUAAGCGAAAUGUAAACUCCAAUCUUUAUCACCCUUCAGCUCUGAACACCUUUGAACAGAUAGUAUAUAGUGCCAAAGGAAAGCAAAUUGUAGUUUUUCUUGACUACGAUGGAACUCUCUCUCUAAUUGUUACAGAUCCAGAUAAGACUUUCAUGACUAGAAAGAUGAAAGCCACACUAAAGGGUAUAGCAAGACAUUUUCCCACAACAAUCGUGACCGGAAGGGAGCAUAGUUAGAAGAUUUAUUAUUAUUAUUAUUAUUAUAUGAUUUUUACCUACAGUUGAAGAUGAUAUGUACAUAUUAAAGACUUUUACCUACAGUUAGGAGAUGUAAGUAGAAGUUAAUGACUUUUACCUACACACUAUACAUAGUAGGUAAAACCUAUAGUGACAGACAAUUAGCCAUCAUUAUACACCCCUCAAAGUUGACAGAAGAAACGUCUAUGGGACAAAGUCUAUCAUACAUUUAACUACGGAUUUUUUAUUUAUAGUGACA